AUGGAGUGCAGAGCGUACGACAGCCUGUUGGGACUCUCUCGGGAUCUGAAGAUGGCUCGAAUGUUCAUGUGUGCUUCGCUCGGGGCUGGUCUGCUUGGAAUUCUGCUGACGAUACCUGGGCUUUAUGUCAUCAACACCUGCAGAGAUGAGGAAGGGGUGAGGACCAAGCGGGUGCUGACUGUGGUGGGGGGGCUGCUGGGGGUCGCAGCUGGCGUGUUGUGCCUGAUCCCCGUCUGCUACAUGGCUCACUUGGCUGUCGUGCACUUCUUUGACGACACGUUGCCAGAUGUGGUGCCGCGCUGGGAGUUCGGAGAGGCCCUGUACUGUGGCUGGGUGGGGGGCUUCCUGCUGGUGGUGUCGGGGCUCGUGCUGAUCUUCUCUGGGUCGUGUUCCGCAGAGGAUCCUCAGCAGCAGAGCUAUCACUUUGCGGACGUUACCUACAAGAAAAGACAGGAGUAUGUUUGA